GUGUCCGGGUACACCCGAGCGCUGAAGAUCAGCUGACUACGACGGUCUGUCCUUCAAUGGAUCGUUUCUGAUUUGUUUAGAUAAUCAAACGGAAGAAAUAAGAUUUGAUUAAUUGAUUAAUUGGUAGGUGAACGCGGACAUGCCGUCGCUUUUGUUCUGCGGACCGAAGAUGGCCGCCUGCGGGAUGGUAAUCAGCAUCUGGGGUGUCAUUAUGCUGGCGAUGUUGGGGAUUUUCUUCAGCGCCAAGUCGGCCGUUCUGAUCGAAGACGUCCCGUUCACUGAAGAGGACAUCCGGAAUGAUAAGAACCCGCCUCAGAACAUCUACGCUCUCUACAACCAGGUGGGCAUCAACUGCUUCAUCGCCGCCGCCGUCUACGUGGCGGUGGGCGCCAUCUCACUCUGCCAGGUGCGGCUCAACAAACGGCAGGAGUACAUGGUGACAUAAAGAACAGCGGGGUGCCUUGGCCUGACCUUUGACCCCCUGAUGACAGUUCACCACCCAACCUGGUCCCAAAUCAAACAAGGGGGCGGAGUCAGGCUGCACCUGGAUAAUUUAUUCUGAAUUGCAUUGUUUCCUGUUGAUGUUUGUUGUUGUUGGAUAAAGUGUUGAGAGAGACCAAACGUUCGAUUCCUAGAUUCUGUCCCAGUUGGACUUAACGAGGAGACGUCUGUCCACUGAAUCGCUGUAACUGGUGUUAGUGCUGAAGAUGUUAAAGCGAUCAAACCAUUCUGCUGGAUGCUCCUUUACAAUAAAGUGUGAAUGUGAUUAAAAA